AUGUCGCCUACUCGAAAAGUCCUCAUAACCGGUUGUUCAGAUGGCGGUCUAGGGGCGGCACUCGCGAUUGCCUUCCAUGAAGCUGGCCUGGAGGUAUACGCCACGUCCCGAGACCUCUCUAAAAUGUCAGACGUGGCCUCGCAAGGUAUUAGGACACUUCAGUUAGACGUGAAGUCGGGUGAAUCAAUUGCGGAGUGUCUUAGCAACAUACCCGAUCUAGACAUCCUAGUCAACAACGCGGGGGCUGGCUACGCUAUGCCAGUGUCAGACCUUUCGAUUCCAGACGCCAAGAAAUUAUUUGACCUCAACGUCUGGUCCUACUUGGCAGUCACCCAAGCAUUCCUGCCAUUGCUGCUGAAAUCAAAGGGAAUGAUUGUCAACAACACUUCAGUUGCUUCCUUGUGUACCGUGCCAUUUCAAUCUGCGUACAAUGCAUCGAAGGCUGCAAUGGCUGCAUUUUCGGAUGCGGAGAGGCUAGAGCUCAAACCCUUUGGUAUUAGGGUCGUGGAGCUCAAAACAGGAGUCGUCGAAUCGAAUAUCCAAAAGAAUCAACGAAAACAGAACGCAGUUUCUUUGCCGGAGGGAUCCAUCUAUGAAGAUGCGAAGGAAAUUGUGGAGCGCACGAUUCGGGGAAACAUCUUCGAGGGUGAUGGCAUGCCGGCUCAGGAAUGGGCAAAGGCUGUCGUGUCAGACCUUCUAAAAAGCAACACUCCUACUAUUUGGAGGGGCACCAAAGCUUGGCUAGUGCGGAUUGGUAGUAUGCUCCCGUUCGGUGCACUUGAUGGCACUGCCAGGAGUUUGACGGGACUGGAUGAAGUCGAAAGACUCGUACAAAACCCAGAUCUAUGA